UUCUGCAAGACAACCUGAACAAAAUGAUAUCUGCACAGGUCGUUACCUUAAUGACAUGGUUUUUCAUUGGGGAAAUUGCUCAAACAGAUGCCAUAAAAAUGUCCUCACCUGUUCAACAAGUGAGACGGUUCGUAUCAGUUAAAACUGGAGAUAGCUUGACUCUGCAGUGUUUCUGUGACGAUGUUGUUGAUGCACGGUUUUACUGGUACAAGUUAAACCUGGGUGAAAAACCAAAGCUCAUCUCCACCUUUUACAAAUAUGAGAGCGGUGGAUAUUUUCAUGAUGAAUUUGGAAAACAUUCACGCUUCACACUGGACACUGACAAAGGUAAAAACCACUUGACGAUAAAUAAUCUGCUCAUUUCAGAUUCAGGCACUUACUAUUGUGCAAGUAGCCACCUAUUCAAGUUUGAGUUUGCAGAGGGGACUACAGUCAUUGUAAAAGGCUCAAGUUCCAUGAUCCAAGCUGAAGUCCAUCAGUCGUCAUCUGAGACCAUCCAGCCAGGAGACUCUGUGACUCUGAACUGCACAGUACACACUGGGGGCUGUGAUGGAGAACACAGUGUUUACUGGUUCAAAGACUCUGAAGAAUCUCAUCCAGCCCUCAUUUACACUCAUGGAGGCAGGAAUGAUCAGUGUGGGAGGAAACGCAAUUCAGGAUCACACACAUGUUUCUACAACAUGCUGAUGAAAAACCUGAAUGUGUCUCAUGCUGGGACCUACUACUGUGCUGUUGCUUCAUGUGGACAAAUAUUGUUUGGAAACAAAACUAAGCUGGAUUUGACAUAUGAGGUCAACUUUGUAUCUUAUUUCUGGUGUGGAGCUCUUGCGUUUACCUCCAUCCUGUGUGUUUUACUUGCUUUCUCGGUGUGUUUGAUGAACAAGAAAAGCAACUAUGAAUCUUCAGUUGAGUCCAAAACAGGAUUACCACGUCUCACCACGGAUGCAAAAGUGAGUUUUAAUAAUAUAACUGAAGUGAUCAGUUGCACUAGAUAUGUAAUAGUAACAACAAACAAUUCACUUCAUGUCGCUCUUAAAACUGCUACUAAACACUUUGUGUCCAGGGUUACCUACGUGCAGAAAACAUCUAUUGUCCUACUUUGAGUGCCAACCUGACCAACAGAUCAAGAACACAGAGGGAUCCCACCUGGAGUGAAUGUGUGUACUACACUGUAAAACCGUAGAACUUUGUUAGUAUAUUAUAGCGUCUUAGGAGGCUAAAUGUAUAAUUAAAAAUACAUGUUUUUAAAGUCUUUUAAAGGUCAGUCACAUUUUAUUUUUAACUGUGUUUCCUGCAUAGAUCUUAGAACUUUACGAGUUAUACUUAAAACAUGGUUUUUGCUUUGGUCUGUGAGAGGACAUGACCGACAGAAGAAGGUCAAAUCCUAAUUUUUCUCUCUUUUCAUUGUGCUCACUUCCACUGCAACUGAAUGUCUUUAUUAUGAAAUCUGAUUAUUUUUUGCAUAUAAAAUCAUUAUUGUUUGUGACUCUGUUGUAUUUUAUCCUCAACCCUUUACAUGUA